GCUCGGUGCGCCGCGCGCGCACAUCAGUAAAUGAAUCACGUAGCACUAGAACAGCCCUUCUUCAUGCGAUCUUGCCAGACCUAUUGGAGAAACCCCCCCUAGGCUAGAUCUGUCACUGUUCACUCAUUUGCUGGAAGACGAUCAGAAACUAUGUUAAAUGCACCAAGAAAUACACCGGAGUGUGUUAUAAAGGCGUCGCGAGGAUUCCGGUCAGAUCCGCUCACUGUGAAGGGAGCAGGUUUCAACAGUUGACGCGGAGAGAAAGAACUGAGCGCAGGAGAAGAGGAGGAAAAAAAAGCGAUUAAUUUUGAUUAUCUGAAAUCUUCCAGCACCCCUCUCGCUUUUUUUUUUUCGGCGUUUUUUUCUUUUUUUUUUUUUUUUCUGGCUACGUUUACGGGGGCAGUGCAGAUGAGCAUUGUCCGAAUGAAGGAUGCAAGAGCACUGGGUCCAAUUGGACUGGAUUAUGGGAUUACUGGACUGAUUAUAGGACAAUCAUCGGGCAAAAGUCGCAGCCGCGCUAUAGAUGCGCUUGAAUGACGGGAACACAAAAGGAGAAGGGAUGCGUCUCUCUGUACCCAUUUUCUUUCUGCUGUGGGUUAAAGCCCUGACAUUGAAGAAUCUCAAUUAUUCUGUCCCGGAGGAGCAAGGACCUGGAACUGUUAUAGGCAAUAUAGCAAAAGAUGCCGGAUAUGGGACCAUAGAGAGAGGGAAAAAAUCUAACUUCAGAGUGCUGGAGAAUUCUGCACCACAUCUGGUGGAUGUUGACCCGGAGAGUGGACUAAUCUUCACUAAACAAAGGAUUGACAGGGAAACGUUAUGCAGGCGCAACCCCAAGUGCCAGCUCUCCAUGGAGGUGUUUGCUAACGACAAGGAAAUAUGCAUGAUCAAGAUUGAUAUACAGGACAUAAAUGACAACUCUCCCAGUUUUCCCUCAGAUCAUGUAAAUAUUGAUAUUUCAGAAAACGCAGCUGCGGGGACACGCUUUCCUCUGACUAUUGCACAUGACUCAGAUUCUGGGGAAAACGGGAUAAAAACCUAUCAGGUCACAAGAGAUGAUUAUAAUACUUUCUCUUUGGAUUUAAAAGUGAGGGGUGAUGGGACUAUAUAUCCAGAGCUGGUGGUUCAGAGACCUCUGGAUAGGGAGGAUCAAAGUCAUCACACCCUUCUUCUCACUGCAAUUGACGGUGGGGAGUAUCCAAGAUCAGGCUCCAUGCAGAUCAACGUCAGAGUGACUGAUUCGAAUGACAAUAGUCCCAUUUUUGAAAAAUCCUCAUAUGUGCUAGAAAUGCCGGAAAAUUCACCGCCUGGAAAAGUGCUCAUAGAUUUGAACGCCACAGACCAGGAUGAAGGAAGCAACGGGCAGGUGGUCUAUUCCUUUACUGGAUAUGCAUCUGAACGAAUACAAGAUUUGUUCUCCAUUGACCCCAAUACUGGCGUCAUCAAGGUCCAGGGAGAGAUUGACUUUGAAGAGAAUCCAAUCAUAGAGUUUGACGUGCAGGCUAAGGAUCUGGGGCCCAACCCAAUACCGGGCCACUGUAAAAUUACUGUCAAAGUGCUUGACAAAAAUGACAACUCACCGGUAAUAAGUUUUGUUUCUGUGCGGCAGGGAGCUAUCAGUGAAGCGGCACCUCCAGAAUCUGUCAUCGCACUGGUCAGAGUGACAGAUAAAGACUCGGGCCGUAACGGUCAGCUUCAGUGCCGGGUGCUGGGAAAUGUACCUUUCAGGUUACAGGAGAACAACGAUAAUUUUUACACACUGCUCACUGAUAGACCUCUGGACAGAGAAAUGAAAGAUGAAUACAAUGUAACGAUUGUGGCAAGAGACAAUGGGAUUCCCUCCUUGAACUACACCAGGUCGUUCACUGUGAAGAUCUUGGAUGAGAAUGACAAUGCGCCUCGUUUCACAAAGACAGUUUAUGUGUUACAGGUGCCUGAGAACAACAUCCCGGGGGAGUACCUGGGUUCCGUUCUAGCCCACGACCCAGAUGUCGGUCGAAAUGGAACAGUUUCGUACUCUAUUCUGCCGUCGCAUAUCGGAGAUGUUUCAGUGUACACCUAUGUGUCUGUUAAUCCCACCAAUGGAGCCAUAUAUGCCUCACGCUCGUUCAAUUAUGAACAAACAAAAUCCUUUGAGUUCAAAGUUCAGGCGAAAGAUGGAGGAUCGCCUCACAUGGAGAGCACUUCUACAGUGAGGGUCAAUAUUCUUGAUGUCAAUGACAAUCUCCCAGUUAUUAUUUUACCCCUUCUGCAAAAUGACACGGCCGAGAUCCCGGUGCCUAGAAAUGUUGGUAUUGGAUACAUCGUGGCUACUGUGAAAGCGGUGGACCAUGACCACGGAGAAAGUGGCCAUCUGACCUACGAGAUCACAGAGGGAAACGACGACCACCUGUUUGAGAUGGAUCCGGUGGGAGGAGAAGUCCGAACUGCCCAUGCUCUCUGGGAGGAAGUUGCCCCAGUGGUUGAGCUGGUGGUGAAGGUAACUGACCAUGGCAAGCCCCCCUUAUCUGCCGUGGCUAAGCUGAUCAUUAAGGCGAACACAGAGACGGCGGCAGGAGGGGGUUCCAGCACGAGUGGGGAACAGCAGCACUGGGAUGUGUCCCUGCCCCUCAUAGUUACCCUCUGCAUUAUCUCUGUCAUGCUCUUAGCAGUCAUGACCGCCAUCGCUGUCAAGUCCAAGCAUCAAGAUAAGGAGACUGGGAAUUAUAACUGCCGCAUGGCUGAGUACUCCAAUCCUCCAGUGGGGAAGGGAAAAAAGAAAAGGAUCAACAAGAGUGACAUCAUGCUGGUGCAGAGUGAGAUGGAGGAAAGAGAUUCCGCGAGCCGGAUGAAUGUGGUGAGCAGCCCCUCGCUCAUCACCUCUCCAAUAUGUUUCGACUAUCAGAGCCCUCUGCCACUCACCCUACCCAGGUCAGAGGUCAUGUACCUGAAAACCACCCCAAACAGCCUGACAGUCCCCCGGGCUGGGUGCCACUCCAGCUUUGCCGGGCUUAGCACAGACACUCCAGCGAAUAGGAUGUCAGUGAUACAGACUGAAAAUUUCCCUUCGGAGUCCAAUUAUGCUGGGAGCAGGCAGCCAUUUGUUCAGAGUUCAACAUUCAAGGAUGCAGAACGAGCAAGCCUUCGAGACAGUGGCCAUGGUGAUAGUGACCAAGCUGAUAGUGACCAGGAUACUAAUAAAGGCUCACACUGCGACACGUCUGCCAGGGAGGCCCUCAAGAUGAAAGCAACAGCAGUUAAUGGCCAGCCUUUUGAACAGGAGCAAGACAAAUCAGUCCACUGCACCGACGAAUGCCGUGCACUGGGACAUUCUGACAGAUGCUGGAUGCCAAAGUUACGGGUAGGAAGCCAAGCAGACAGCGCCGAUAAUCGCACCAACCUUUUCAUCCCUGUGGGAAUGGAUGCCAUGGUAGAGACAGAGAUUUAUGGCACCAUCAGCUGCAACAGCAGAAAAACCCUCAGCACGUUUGGGAAGGAGCAGCGGGACAGUACAAUCCUUGUGGCCAAUGUCAAACCUUACUUAAAAUCGCAGCGUGCACUAAGCCCACCGCUACAGGAGAGCCCCUCCGCAUCCAGCAGUCCCACCAAGAGUAGUAUGCCCCUGGACUUGGCCAACCAAGAGUCCAAAGAGGAGAGGGACGGGGGCUCAGACAGCAGUGCCUACGGCCCUCCAGAUGGCCAGUGCUCCCCACUGCACACUGAAUUGGAGGAGCCCUCCUACCUGACUUGCGAGCUCAGGCCUAAGUCCCUGUCAAGCAGUCUCAUUCACAGCUCUGUCAUCAGCCAGGAGUGCGGGGGGUCAGAUUGCGCUCUCGACCCGCGGGACUCUGGCAACUGACAGGUCAGAUGAUCCCGCUCGCUCGCUCUCUCGCUCUCGCUCUCGCUCUCUCUCUCACCUGCCAGGGGUGUGAUGAUGUUAUCACAGAUUAAUGACCAAGAGGUGAUUUAUUUUGACCCACAGAGGUGUCCAGACACGCAUUGUAUAACCAAAAACCAUCUGCUUUGUAUGUUUUUUGAGUUUGUGACUUGUUGUGUUUAGGUGAAAUAUGUGUCCUUGACUGCUGUGAAGGGGUUUUGUUUUGUUUUUUUAAAGCGGGUGGGGAGGGAGGGGGACCAGUGGUUAUCUGACUUCAAGUGUUUCCAUGGUGUACUGUACCUGUCAAUUUAGAUGUCUGUAUUUUACACAUUUCAAACUCCGAUUUUGUGAGGCUGUUGAAGAAAUUGCUACUGUUAAGCUAUUGAGUCCUGUCUGCUUUUGUACAGUGAAGCUUUCUGUCUCCAUUUAGUGUUUAAGGAACAUCUCUUUGAAUAUCACAGGAAACUGAAAUACAUAUCAGUGACGUUACAUUCAAAAGUGAAGUGUCUUAUGAACUGUAAAUGGUGGUGCAACAGGGAAUGUCCCUUUUCAUAAAAACCAUUUGAGGUUCCUAUAAAAACAAGUUUUUUAAGAAUGUAUUUGUAAUUUUAUUGUUGUCCUCUCUGCAGUUUAUGUGAAAAUAAGCUGAGCUUACACGUGAAUGUGGGCUACUGUACUUGUUGUGUAUUUUAUUAAAUUUGUAUACACUGUG